AUGAAUAAGACCGAACGAUCUCCGGUCAACACGGAUGAAGCCAAGGGAUCCCCGACGGGAGAUCCGGAAAACGACGGCGCGGCAGAGGAUGAUAUCGCCCAGUCCUCUGAAGGAGUUGAUGAAGUUGAUCAGACUCCAGUGAUCGCGGGUGGUCUCGCCGCGGGAGGCGAGGUUGAAUGGGAUGCAAUCGGAAAUGGUGAGGCCGGGCGAUCGUCAACCGGGUCUAUGGACGUUAAAGGCAAGAGAUUACCACUUCCAUUGAUGGGAAAAAUUCCGCGAGUGUACCUCAACUUUAGUGAGAUUCUGGACACUCAACUGGGUGAUGCGAAUUUCGACCCGACUGCCGCAUUGGAGGCCGAAAAUGAGAAGGCUGGGGGUUCACUUGGCAAGGGGACCGAUCCUCCGGCAGAAGAAUUAAUAGCGGAUGAAGUGCUCGAUCGGGAUUCUGACCCCCUUCCGAAGAAGAAAAAGAAAAAGCAUAAGUCGUCUAGAAGAGCACAAGUCAACUCAGCGGAAGUUAAGACCGCUGGGGCAGAGGUUGCUCACGAGGAUCUUCCGGAUGGUGCUCGUGGAGGAAGUCAUGAGGUCACGCAGGUGACAGGUUCCAAGAAUUUACUUGGAGAGAACUUGACCGGGGGAUAUCAGAUUGAUCCGCCAACAAUGAAGAGGAAAAAGCCGAUCGAUGGUGACCCUAGUGAUUCUGGAGGUAAAAGAGAUUAUGCCACCAGCCUCUCGCAACUUACCUUGGGGUGGAUCGGGUCCGCCAACCAAGAAACCCCGCUGGCCCUUUUGGAGCGUUGGGAUUUUCAACAUAAGAAAGACACACCUUUUGUCAACGAUCAGGGAGCCUGCGCUGAGCUAUCCCGUCGUAUCAGAGGUGGCACACGCGAAAUGCCGAAAAUCCGAGAUCUCGCAUUUCUGGAAAAGUUCGCUGAGUCGGCUCGCGCGGAUGCAGUGGCCUCUGCUCGUAAGAACCACCUCAUCUUGGAGUGCGAACUCGCUAUGCGGAAGAUGGCGUUUGAUCUUGAGAAGGCUGAGACGGUGAUCAAAACAAAAGAUGCAGAGUUGGAGAAGACUCGGAAGAGUGCCUUGGAGAGGGUGAAGGAAACCGCUGUGGAGCGCAAUUGCAAUCAGCGUGAGCGCAACCAAGCUAUCGAGAGAGCCGAUGGCCUCGACGAGGACUUGGAAAAUGCUCAGACUAAAAUCGCGCAGCUGGAGCGCGAAAAAGUUGAGGAGGCCGAGAAACAUAAGAAAUUGAUGGAUUUCAUGAAACAGGCUCGUGCCGGCGAAGUUAUAUCCGAGAGGGGCCGCCUCAUGGCAGCUGCAUCCACGCGUUUUAACAAAUUUCGGAAGUACAUGGCCGAUCAGGAUGAGUUAGAGACGAAGCUUUGUUUUCAUGCCCAGGCUUCGGGGACUCUGCAGUCGUUGGAUGUGCUGGAGAAAUGGGGUUUGCAAGUCCCAAAGAGGAUGAGGGAUACCUUGACGGUCAACGAAAAGAAGUACAAGUGCGAGGUCGAGGAAGUCGAUGUUGAGGAAAUCAUAGAGCAAGAUCUCUCUUUAUCCCCUCCUCGUUCUGGACCGCUUAAGGACCUUGAUCAGUUUGGGACGAACAUGGGAUUAGUUGACUCUGCUACCGCGGUUUCUCUUCUUUCUCUGGUGGUCGUCGUUGGGAAUGAUACCGCUGCUCCGAGUUCGCAUGGUUAUGUUCAUUCGUCUGACGCUAAAACGGAAGGCGCGUCGGGUGGAGUGUUAAUGCCAGCUGCUGGAGCUGAGGAUGAUGUUCUUUCUGGGGAGAAGGCGAAAGUCGUCCAUGAGGGUUCGAUUGAGGAGAUAGAGGUUUCCGCCAAACGGUCGGCGAUGGUUCACUUGAUCCGAGCAUUUGAUUUGUCUGUUGUUGUUCGUUUGUGUUUUGGUCUUCUCGGCAUUUUGUUAUGA